AUGCCCAGGUGGUCCGCUUGUUCGGCGCCUCUCAGUCUGCUGUCGCUGCUCGUGGUCCUCCCUCAGCGGCAACGGGUUCUUCGCUUCCACGCCUCCCGGUGCCUUCUUCACCGGCGGCCGUGGACCCGGACGGACGUCCUCUCAAAGGCGGAUAUCGUCGACCGGCUCUGUAGGAUCUUGAUACUGGAGCGAUUCGGCGCCGUCCAGAAGUUACCCUUCGACUUCUCUGACGACAUCCUCGACGCCGUCCUCGGGAGACUCCGGCACGAACCAGCUCCCUGCCUGGAGUUUUUCGGAAUCGCCUUACGUCAGCAGCACUUCCGGCCUAACGCUCGUUCCUACUGCAGGAUCGUCCACAUCCUGUGCAGGGGGCGGAUGUUUGACCAGGCGAGGGCGCACCUGAAUGAUUUGGUAGAGAUAUUUGGCCGGAGCUCUGUCUCUUGCGUGUUCGAGGAAUUGGUCGUGGUUUACAAAGAAUUCUCCUUCUCUCCCACCGUGUUCGACAUGCUACUGAAGAUUUAUGCUGAGAAGGGUUCUGCGCGGAAGGCCCUUUACGUGCUUGAUAACAUGGGAAAGUACGGCUGCAAACCCAGCCUGAGGUCCUGCAACAGUCUUCUCAGUAGUCUGGUCAAGAACGACGACAGCUACACGGCAAUCCGUGUUUACUCUCAACUGACCAUGGCUGACAUCUCACCUGAUGUCUACACGAUCUCAAUCGUGGUUAAUGCCCACUGCAAAUGCGGCAAUCUUCACCAUGCCCAGGAGUUUCUAGAGGAAAUGGAGACCAAGGGCUUCGAUGUGAAUCUUGUAGUAUAUCAUUCCCUGAUCAAUGGGUAUUGUGAGUUGGGGCGCACGGAAGCAGCGCAGGGAAUCAUCAAGUCAAUGGUGGAAAAGGCGAUCGCUCCAAAUAUCGUCACAUUCACAACGCUGGUGAAGGGCUACUGCAAGGAAGGCAAGGUUGAGCUAGCAGAGAGGGUGCUUCGAGACAUGAAGGAGAUGGCGUGUCUUGCUCCCGACGAAGUUGCCUAUGGAACACUGAUAAAUGCCUAUAGUCAGAGUGGGAAAAUAGGUGAUGCUACUCGGAUCAGAGAUGAGAUGCUGAGCGCAGGAUUGCCUCUCAAUUCCUACAUAUAUAAUUCUCUGAUUAAUGGGUAUUGCAAGCUUUGCAGAGUGAGAGACGCUGAGAAAGUGGCGAUGGAGAUGGAGACUGGGCAUCUGCAGCCUGACUCUUACACUUACAACACACUGGUGGAUGGGUACUGCAGAGAAGGGCUAAUGAGAGAGGCAUUUGAUGUUUGCGAUGCGAUGACACAGAAGCACAUCUCACUGACAGUCCUCACCUACAACACACUCUUGAAUGGCUUUUGCCGAGUGGGUGCUGUAGAGGAUGCCUUACAUCUGUGGUACUUGAUGCAGAAAAAGGGUGUCUCACCAAAUGAGAUUAGCUGCAGCACCCUCCUUAAUGGGCUUUUCAAGGUUGGGAAGUUUGACUGGGCUUUGAAGCUGUGGAAUGAGAUGACAGCCAGGGGUCUUGCCAAGAACCGGAUUACCUUUAAUACUGCCAUUAAUGGAUUUAUUAAAAUGGGAAAGUUUUCAGAAGCAGAGAGGAUAUUUGGCAGGAUGAGGGACUGGGUCUGCAAUCCCGAUGGAAUGACUUACAGGAUCCUGGGUGAUGGGUAUUCUAAGGUUGGUGACAUGGCGAAGGCAUUUGAAAUCAGAGAUGAAAUGGAAAACAAAGGAUUUUCUCCUUCAGUGGAAAGUUUUAAUGCCCUGAUUACUGGGCUAUUUAGGUGUGGUGAGUAUGAGAAAGUGGAUGAACUCCUGAUUGACAUGCAUGCAAAGGGAUUGACUCCCAACAUUGUAACCUAUGGGGCGCUAAUUGCUGGCUGGUGCAGAGAAGGGAGGACAGAUAAAGCGUUUAAGAUUUAUUUCGAAAUGCUGGGGAACCGUGUGGCACCAAACAUUUUCAUAUGCAGCAGCCUCGUGAGCAGUCUUUACAGACAAGGGAGGAUAGAGGAGGCAAAUAUACUGCUCCACCGAGUGGUGGAUAAGAUUGACGUCCUCAGGGAGUUUUCUCUGUACGAAAUUCCUUCUUCAUCCAACUCGCUGGAUCUUGAUGUGGUGAAAAUUUCAAAAUCCUUUGAUGAAGUCUCAGGUGGAAGCAUUCCUCCAAGUAAUGUUCUAGUCAAUGUGGUUAUCUGUAGCCUGUGCCGAUCUGGCCGGUUAGGAGAUGCUAGAAGGGUCUUUUCAGAUUUGUUGCAGAGGGGCUUCUCUCCAGACAACUUCACAUACUGCACGUUGAUCCACGGCUAUUCAGCUGCUGGUGAUGUAAAUGAGGCCUUUUUGCUACGGGACGAGAUGAUCUGCAGAGGUCUUCUUCCCAACAUUGUAACAUAUAACUCUCUGAUUAAUGGGUUGUGCAGGUCUGGGUCUCUGGAUAGAGCAGCCAGACUCUUUCAUAAGUUGAAGCUUAAGGGCGUGAAUCCUAAUGUCGUCACAUAUAACACUUUGAUUGAUGGGUACUGUAAGGAUGGCAAUCUUGUUGAAGCUUUCAGGUACAAGGAGAGGAUGGAAAAAGAAGGAGUCUCACCUUCUGUGGUCACCUACUCUUCAUUAAUACAUGGCUUGUGUAAACAGGGGGAUGUGGAUGCAGCCAUUAGACUUAUCAGUGAAAUGGUCAAGAGAGCUACAGACCCCAGUUACAUGGCCUUUGUUAAAUUGUUCCAAGCUUUUAUCUCCCGUGGAAACAUGGAUUACGUAUCAGAACUUCACCAAGAGACGCAUAUUUGGUCUCUUCUUCUCCCAGAUCCUGGUUUUUGCAGGAAAAUGAUUGCUUCAGAUGCUGUAGGCGGGAAAAAUUGCGUCACAGGCCUCGUGAACAUGCCUGAAGCUGUCUAUUGA